AUUGGUGGAGGGGUGGCUGGGUCAGAGGUAACUGAAAGAGUAGAAAAGACAGGCGUUAGAGAAGAGGGAGAGCCAGUCACUAUGACUUGUGUCAGCAGAACUGUUCCAGGCAGUGAGCGAUUUUGGAUUCCUGCACUUCCAGCCGGCCCGACCAGAAUGGUUGAGCCCAGCCCUUCAGCUCUGCACCUCCUCUCCAGUGGGGAUGCACACAUGGCAGAAAUCGGUGUUAAAGUCGAACAGGAGGAAUGCAACGGAGGAGGCGGAGCCAAAACCAGUUCAGAGCGCCCGGGGACUUUGCAGGAGUGGUCAGCCAACCAGUCUCUAGAGGCGCGUCAACUGACCCCACCGCUGUCACGCUCCCCUUCAGAGGGUUCCCCAGGAAAGGAGUUACCCCACAAGCAGAGCCCCUUGGGAGGGAAGGAAGCUGGGAUUCAUGAGCAAUCAGAGGCCCAAUCAAAAAUCAAGGAAGUAAUGCCAAACUUUGAGAAGCUGCUGAAAACCGACUGGAAGGAGAAGCUUCUGGAUAAAAGCACAGAAGGAGCAGGACAACUGAGAGGAACCCCUGAGUCUCUGGCGGAGAAGGAGCUCCAGCUGUUGAUGAUGAUAAACCAGCUGAGCGGCUUGAGAGAGCAGCUGCUCAACGCCCAUUCAGAACAGAGGAACAUGGCUGCCCUGCUGCUGGAGAAGCAGCAGCAGCAGAUGGAGGUGGCCCGGCGGCAGCAGGAAGAGAUCGCCAAGCAGCAGGAGCUGCUCAUCAAGCAGCAGCGAACCAUCAACCAGCUUCAGCAGCAGAUCCAGGUAAACAUGCCCUUCCUGAUGAUCCCAGCUUUCCACCCAAACUCCCAGCCGCUCCCUGUCACCUCUGAAUCUCAGAUGACAUAUCCGGUGCAGCCGAUCCCGUGCAAGCCCGCGGUGGACUAUCCCAUCCAGCUGCUGCAGAGCAGUCACCCCGCCUCCAUCAAGAGGAGCACCACCUCCUUCAGGCAGGAGGCCAGCCAGCCUUUGAACCUGACCUCCAAGCCUAAGGGGAUGGAAGUGGGGAAGACAUCCAGCCCACAGAGCCUGGAGCUGGGAUCACUGGGGCUGCAGGGGGGCUACAGAUUCAGAGAUCUCCACAGAGAGGCGUCCCACAGCCCCCCACGGCCCACCCUCAGUUUCCUGGGAGAAGGUGACGUGGUCACUCAGGCCAUCCACGAUGCCCAGCAGCUGCUGAGGAGUCACAGCAGGGGGGAGAAGGAGCGGGACGGGGCCGUGAAAAUGGAAUAUAAAAGUUCUCCUCGUACAGAGAAAAUGACUCACUGUGAACGAGAAGACAGACACGGCCUGCAGAGCACGGAGGACCACCUCAGCAGCGACUCAGAGGCCUCUUAG